UUGUCUUGCAGUAACCCGUAAUCUUCAAAGCAUCUUAGAAAUAUGGCAUCCGUUCGCCAGACACCGCUGACUUGCAGUGGUCAUACCAGACCUGUUGUUGACUUGGGCUUUAGUGAAAUCACACCCCAUGGGUAUUUUCUCAUUAGUGCCUGUAAAGAUGGGAAGCCAAUGCUGCGCCAGGGAGACACAGGAGACUGGGUAGGAACAUUUGAAGGUCACAAAGGAGCUGUCUGGGGAGCUACUCUAAAUACAGAUGCCACCAAAGCUGCAACUGGAGCAGCUGAUUUCUCUGCGAAAAUCUGGGAUGCAGUAACCGGCGAUGAACUCCAGAACUUUUCCCACAAACAUAUUGUGAAAAGUGUUGCCUUCUCUAAAGAUGGAGGCCAUCUUUUAACAGGGAGUAAUGAAAAGUUGCUGAGGAUCUUUGAUUUAGCAAGGCCAGAUGCAGAACCAAGUGUAUUUAGUGGUCAUGGAUCUCACAUUCGGAGUGCAAUAUGGAAUACUGACAGUACAUUAAUAUAUAGUGCAUCAGAUGAUAAAACAGUUAGAGUUUGGGAGGUUGCCAAUCAGACAGAGACAAAGAAACUGGAAUUCCCUAACAGUCCAACGAGUCUAGAACUUUCCAAGGAUGGUACCAUAUUGCUGAUCACUUAUGGCAAAACCACUAGUUUUUGGGAUGCUCAGAAACUUGAAAAGAUCAGGGAGUUUGAGCAUCCAGGUCCAAUCAACUCUGCCUCUCUUCACCCUGACAAGGCUGUGUUUGUCUGUGGUGGAGAUAACUUUAUCAUGUACAAAUAUGACUAUGAAACUGGACAGGAAAUAGAAUCUUUCAAAGGCCACUUUGGUCCAGUCCACUGUGUCCAGUUCAGUCCUGAUGGUGAGCUGUAUGCUAGUGGCAGUGAAGAUGGCACCCUAAGAUUGUGGCAGACCACAGUGGGGAAAACAUAUGGACUCUGGAAAUGUGUACAGUCUGAAGAUAUUGUGGAGAACUCUGACUCCGCUCCACAGAUCAAAGCUGAAGAUUGACGUUUUAGGUUAUCCUUGAGAGGAAACCAGUGUAGGCAGAAUGACAGGAUAUUGGAAUUGUGUCCACUCUCAUGUUGACACUGCCACAUAAAUUAAAGCUGGAAAUUAUUAGAUGUUGUGAACUUGGUCAGUUUGUAUUGUAUUGUCUCAUUGCCACACACUAUUUGCUGUAUGGCCUUCAUUUGAAGUAUUGUGGAGAAUUCAGACACUGCCAUCAGUCAAAGUUGAAGAUAAAUGACUAGAUAUUUUCAGAAGUUAACCAAUAAAGGCAACCCCUAAAUACUUUGGAAAUAAAUCCAGGCAGUAAUUUUGUCAGCUGUGCUAUGUAAAGUUAGAAUAAUUGUAGUUUCUUCUCAGGUAGAGGCCACUAUAACACCUGUAGUCUUGUUCCCUGGUUAAAGUGUCUUGGAAGACACUGAUAUUAAAGUGGUAAUAACCUGAAAUUUCACAGUUGUUUGAAGAAACUAUCAUUUUAACUUUGGAAUUAAGAUUAAAAAAAAACAUAUUCAGUUUACAAGUAUUGGAAAAUGGAAUUUGCUGCAUCAUAAUUAUAAUGGUGUAAUAAGACUACCCUGUAUGACUGCAGCCAUGUGCUACACUGGUCAAUAUGUAUAACUGAAUACCAUUAAGGCCUCAUUGGAUUUUUGUUUGACAUAUUUGUAAAAAAAAAAUAAUAAUAAAAUUGGAAGUCAGCCA